AUGCCUUCUUUGAGAGGGGGCCCAGACGUCAGGCAGUGUCUGCUGCUCUGGCUUCUGCUGCUUGCAACCUGGGAGGCAGGGAGCGGCCAGCUCCACUACUCCAUCCCCGAGGAGUUCCACGUGGAGGUGGAGGUGAGGGACAUUAACGACAACCCGCCGCUAUUUCCGACGACAGAAAAAACUAUCCAAUUUCACGAAUCGAGACUGCUAGACUCGCGGUUUCCUUUAGAGGGAGCUUCGGAUGCAGAUGUAGGAGCAAAUGCUCUUCUGUCCUAUAAGCUCAGUCCCAGCGAGUUUUUCUUUCUAGAUGUUCAAACAAAUGAUGAACUCAGCCAAUCGCUGUUUCUUGUGCUGGGAAAAUCUCUGGACAGAGAGGAAAAUGCUGAGGUGAAAUUGUUACUGGUAGCUACGGAUGGAGGCAAGCCUGAACUCACGGGUUCUGUUCAAAUACUCAUUAAGGUGUUAGAUGUGAAUGACAACGAGCCCACUUUCCCCCAAUCUGUUUACAAAGUUCAGUUGUUAGAGAACACUGCAAACGGAACCUUGGUGGUGAAAUUAAAUGCGUCUGAUGCAGAUGAAGGACCAAAUAGUGAGAUUGUGUAUUCACUGAGUAGUGAUGUGUCUUCUAUCACACGGACAAAGUUCCAAAUAGACCCCACCUCGGGAGAAAUCAGAACGAAGGGGGAAUUAGACUACGAAGAAAGGACAUCUUAUGAAAUUCAGGUCAUUGCAUCUGACAAGGGAACCCCACCAAUGUCAGGACAUUGCAAAAUUUCAGUAAAACUCGUGGAUAUCAAUGACAAUACACCGGAAGUCUCGAUAACGUCUCUCUCACUACCAGUCCAAGAAAAUGCUCCACUGGGCGCUGUUAUCGCCCUCAUCUCAGUGACAGAUCGUGACUCAGGAAUCAACGGUCAGGUGACCUGCUCCCUGACCCCUCAUGUCCCCUUCAAGCUGGUGUCCACCUUCAAGAAUCACUAUUCACUUGUGCUGGACAGCGCCUUGGACCGAGAGACCACACCUGACUAUAAGGUGGUAGUGACAGCCCGGGACGGGGGCUCGCCCUCACUGUGGGUCACCGCCAGCGUGUCCGUGGAGGUGGCUGAUGUGAAUGACAACGUGCCCGCGUUCGCGCAGCCCGAAUACACGGUGUUCGUGAAGGAGAACAACCUGCCUGGCGCCCACAUCUUCACGGUGUCGGCCAUGGACGCAGAUACGCAGGAGAACGCGCUGGUGUCCUACUCGCUGGUGGAGAGGCGGGUGGGUGAGCGCUCACUGUCGAGCUUCGUGUCUGUGCAUGCGGAGAGCGGCAAGGUGUUCGCCCUGCAGCCUCUGGACCAUGAGGAGCUGGAGCUGCUGGAGUUCCAGGUGAGCGCGUGGGAUGCUGGUGUGCCUUCCCUGGGCAGCAAUGUGACUCUGCAGGUGUUUGUGCUGGACGAGAACGACAAUGCACCCACGCUGCUGCCCCACGGAGCCGUGGGAGCGGUAGGGGCAGUGAGUGAGUUUGUGCCUAGAUCAGUGGGUUCGGGUCACGUGGUCACCAAGGUGAGAGCAGUGGAUGCAGACUCUGGUUACAAUGCUUGGCUCUCUUAUGAACUGCAGACGUCGGCAGGCAAUUCCCGAAGCCUGUUCCGCGUGGGCCUAUAUACUGGCGAGAUCAGCACCACACGCGCCCUGGAUGAAGCGGAUGCGCUGCACCAGCGCCUGCUGGUGCUGGUGAAGGAUCAUGGUGAACCCGCGCUGACUGCCACAGCCACAGUGCUAGUUUCUCUGCUUGAGAACAGCCACGCUCCAAAAGCCUCAUCAAAAACGUUGGUAGAUGCCAUUGGUCAAGAGGCAUCGCUGGUGGAUGUCAACGUGUACCUGAUCAUCGCCAUCUGUGCGGUGUCCAGCCUGUUGGUGCUCACGCUGCUACUGUACACCGCGCUGCGCUGCUCGGCGAUGCCCACCGAUGGAACCAGUGCUCCGGGGAAGCCCGUGCUGGUGUGCUCCAGCGCGGUGGGGACCUGGUCAUACUCACAGCAGAGGCGGCAGAGGGUUUGCUCUGGAGAGGGUCCGCCCAAGACCGACCUCAUGGCCUUCAGCCCCAGCCUAUCCCAAGGUCCAGAAUCAGCAGAGGAGAGACAGCCACCCUUAGAGUCAGAAUACUUAGCAAAGGUAGGCUUAAGAUUUUUUUCUUGCCAAGAACGUUACUAUUUAUGUAUUGUUCAUGAUUUGAGCUAAUUAUUCAGACCUAACACUCUGCCUUUAUUUUAUAUCACUGUGCUGUUGUGAGAUACUUGUGUAUUAAGUAUCAAAUUCCUGUCCACAGAAUAAUUCUCUUAAAUAUUCUCACUUUCAUUGUUAGGUUCAUGACGAAAUCUCUGUGUGAGUAAUCAGACC